AUGCCAGCGUAUUCGAAACUGAACAAGCGUCGCAGAGUCACAUGUCGCAAAUGUGGGCUACCUUUCGGUUACGUGCCAUUGUCAUGUGCUUACCUGGAAGCGAACCUUGCCUUUCUGUAUGACAAAAUUCGCAAGCAAAAACAAUCAGAAAGCGUAAACCAAACGAAUGAAAACAACGUAGGUGAAUUGGCGGAAAGGACACCAAAUGACCAGACACAAGAAUAUGCACAUGAAGCACGUGAAACGGAAGAGAAACCCAAAACCGCGAAGCGUUUCACGGUUCAGACCAAAGCCCCUUCAUGCACAUCUGACGAAUCAGCUGACGAACGAAUGUUCUUGUCGAUGUUUAUGCCCGACUGUAUUAAUAUCAGAGUAAAUCCAAGGUGUGAUGACCGUCAAAUCGAAACGGACGGUCCAUGUAACAUUUUGUAUCGUUUCAAGUUUCUUGAUGGGGUUAGGGAGAAUGUGGAAGAGGUGAAGUGUUCCGGAUGUGAUUCCACUGUCGGGGUCCGAUUUGUACCAGUUUCCUUUGACAAGACGCUUCCCCCAUCUCAAAAUCUCGGAACCGUACAAAGGACAAAUUGUCGCCAGAAGACUCUGAGCUUCGAGGAGGAGUAUGAUAAGUCCAACAAUCCACCAAGCACAUCAGACAACCCACAAGCCUUUUGGGAUAGGGCUGAGAGAGAGGGGUGGAUCUCAUUGUCACUGGAGUGUGUAGAUAUUGAACCGCUGUUCGGUCUUGUCGGUUUGGACCAAUUUUCCAUUCGUUAUGAGGGCGGCGAAAUGUCUCCGCUUUUCUAUCACUCCAUCGAGUCGGAUGUAUUGUUCUCACAAAAUUCAGCCACCUGGAUGGUUCCCGCUCGCCGCACAAAGGGUGGGAGAUAUGUGGCCGCUCACUCGGACAACCAAGUGACUGGAUGGGAUAAAGUGUACUACGAUUUGGAACAUGUAGAUAAAGCGGUCCCGAAUACGCUCGGUCACGGAGACAUGAUUCAAGCCACAGUUCGUCGACUAUGUCCGAUCUAUUCAUCUGUCAGACCAACCGAACGAUAUGCGAAGAAGGUGGAAACCAAACAGUGGGAUAAAACUUGA